UAAUAUUUUUUUUCCUUCCCCCGUUCCUCCACCGGAUUUCAGCCAUGCCCGCCGAUACGGGCAUGGAGAAACCCACCGCCUCGCCCAUCGCCGGUGCGCCCGCCAGCGCCAGCCACACGCCGGAUAAGCCGCGGAGCGCCAGCGAGCACCGGAAGUCCUCCAAGCCCAUCAUGGAGAAGCGGCGCCGGGCGCGCAUCAAUGAGAGCCUGGGGCAGCUCAAGACGCUCAUCCUGGACGCGCUCAAGAAGGACAGCUCGCGGCACUCCAAGCUGGAGAAGGCGGACAUCCUGGAGAUGACCGUCAAGCACCUGCGGAACCUGCAGCGGGCGCAGAUGACCGCCGCGCUCAGCGCCGACCCCACCGUCCUCGGCAAGUACCGGGCCGGCUUCAACGAGUGCAUGAACGAGGUGACCCGGUUCCUGUCCACCUGCGAAGGGGUCAACAGCGACGUGCGCACGCGGCUGCUGAGCCACCUCUCGGCGUGCCUGGGCCAGAUGGUGGCCAUGAACUACCCCCCUCCUCCUCCUCCUCCUCCUCCGCCGCCCGCCCAGCCCGCACAUCUGGCGCAGCAGCCGCUGCACGUCCAGCUGCCGCCGGCCGCGGGCGCGGCCGUGCCCGUGCCCUGCAAGCUGAACCCCGCCGAGGCGCUGUCCCCCAAAGUCUACGGCGGCUUCCAGCUGGUGCCGGCCACCGACGGCCACUUCGCCUUCCUCAUCCCCAGCCCGGCCUUCCCCGCCGGCUCCGGACCGGUUAUUCCGCUCUACGCCAACGCCAACGCGCCGGGGGCGGCGGGCGGCGGCGCGGGCAGCGCGGCCGCCACCCCCGCGGCAUCGCCGGUGCACGGGCUGACAUCGUUCGGGGGCGGCAUCGGCCCGGCCUCGCAGGCCGCGAGUCCCGUCGGAGGGGAGCGCAGCGAAUCCGUCUGGAGACCCUGGUGACUCCCUCCGAGUCACUCCCCUCUCCAAAAACAAAACAAAACAAACCGCAACAAACUCUCCUUGGCUCCGUUGUAUGGAGCCCCUGUUAUGUUUUGGGGGUUUUUUAAAGCAGAUUUAAGCAGAAAGGAAGAAAAGGACCUCGCUAUGAACGUGCUAUUUAUUAUUUUCAGAGGUUGGGAUCUCGACUUGUAUUUUUACUCCUUUAAAAUGCCUUUAUUUGAGAUACUUUUUUUAAAGAAAUGAACAAAAAAUAAUAAAUGAGAAAUAGUUUUGUAAGAAAUAUUCAAAAAGUUAUAAUGCCAAAGUUGUUUGUAUCCCGUUGGUCUGUGGGUGUGUGCGUGCCUGUGUCGAAGACUUCCAAAAAUGAAAAGAGAAAAAAAAAAAAUGCAGGUGUUUCAAUAAAGGAACUCUUUGAAAUA